AUGGAGUGCCAUGCCGGGCUUGUGCAGGCGAAAGAGUCACGUGAUAGAGGGCAGCCUUCAGCUACGCUCGCGAACAAAAGUUUACUUCUGCACGCUCUCUUGAGCCACCGUCUACAAUGCAUCUCUGAUCCCGUUUCUGCUGCUUUUCAUUCGUACAAGCUCUGUCAGGGAUACUGUCUUCUGUGCGAAACUCUCAUGAGACGCCCUGUAUUCACUGCCGUCUCUAAGUCUGCGGACCAGAGUGACGGGAGGGGAAAGCAGUGGCCAGAUUGACCGAGCGUUAUCUUCAUCGCAGCGCUGUCAAGCGUUGGAAGCCAUUCCUUUCUCUAGAUGCUCUGCAAGUUUGGAAUCUAAAUGGAUGAAGUACGGUACACAUGGUUUCUAUUGGCUUGCUUGCGCGU